GUUCGCCCGACCAAGUCCGAGUCGACCCGGUUUGUUCUCUUCGUCACGUCCGUCAGUUGAGAGUCGGUUAGUCGCCGACCGAUACCUUCGACUCCAGUCGAAUGAUAUUAAGGGCGCAGUCGACUUGGUCGAAUGAUUCGUGGAGUCGAAUGAUUAGUAUUAAUCGUAAUCGCUCAUCGCUAGCAGAAGAUUUUCAAUUUUAAAAUUUUUAUUGGUUUGCUGAAGAUGAAUGUAUAAAGUGUAGCAGAACGAAUUCAUACAAUUUUUUGUAUAGAUAAUGUGUUGUUACUAAGUACUACUCAUUAACAUUUCACCAAUGUUGAUAAAAAUGCUACCAGGCCAAUGCUCAAAACAAAAGAAUCCUUUAGUUUUCUUAGAUAUCACAAUCGAUGGGGAAAGUGCUGGUCGUAUAAUAAUAGAAUUGAGAAAAGAUGUGGUGCCCAAAACUGCAGAGAACUUUAGAGCUCUAUGUACGGGUGAAAAAGGCACUUCCACUGACGGUAAACCGUUGCAUUUCAAGGGAGUAAGGUUCCAUAGAGCUGUUCCACAGUUUAUGGUUCAAAGUGGAGAUAUAAUAAAUGGCGAUGGGACAGGGGGUGAGAGUAUUUAUGGACCCUCAUUUGAAGAUGAAAAUUUUAUAUUGAAGCAUGAAGCUGGAGUUGUGAGCAUGGCAAACAAAGGGAAACCACACACGAACGCAUCGCAGUUCUGUAUCACGACAGUUCCGUGUCUACACCUAGAUGACACUAAUGUUGUGUUUGGACAAGUGCUUGCUGGGAUGGGGACUGUUGAGGAGAUGCAGGAAAGAAGCAAAGAUGGCAAGCCCCUUAUUGAGUGUUUGAUCGCUGAUUGUGGUGAAGUCAUAGACGGGUGGGGGUUGCGAGCGCCCGAUGAUCGUCUACCAGAGCACCCUUCUGAUCUGCACCAUCUCAGUCUAUUACCAUUAGAACAGCUUAUAGCGAGUGUUAAGGAGGUGAAGUGUAUCGGGAACGUUUACUUCAGCAAAGGACGGUAUAAGGCGGCCGCGCGCAAGUAUACAAAAUGUCUGCGGUACAUACGACACGUGCGAGACCAGAUUGUAACUUUAAAAGAUGACAUGCAACAAGACGCUUAUAGCGACAUUAUGUCUACGCACACUUUACAAUGUCAUCUGAACUUGGCAGCUUGUUACAUGAAACUGGAGGAUUAUAAUUCGUGUGUUCAAUGUUGUACAGAGGUAUUAGAAAACGACGGACGAAACGAAAAAGCUCUAUACCGGAGAGGUCAAGCGAAUUUCGCCCUUAACAACUACGACGCAGCGCUCUCAGAUCUCAAGCAAGCAGAAAAAGUGUCCCCCACCAAUAAAGCGGUCCAGAAGCUUCUAGAGGAAGUAAGGUACUCGAACAAGAACUACAACGAUAUACAAAAACAGAGGCUGUCAAAAUUUUUUCGUGACCAGAAAGAGAAAGGCCUCGCAAUCUGCGAUAACUGAACUAAGACUGAAUGUGAUUAUAUACAAUUACGGUGUGUGAACAUGAUGAGGUAAUGGCAAUGUUUCACGAUAUGAAACGUUAUAAAAUGUUUUGCAACAUGUUUCAACAAUCAAACUUGCGGUAGGCUGUGUUCGCAUAGACCGUGCGUUAUGAAUACAAUUACGGUGUGUGAACAUGAUGAGGUAAUGGCAAUGUUUCACGAUAUGAAACGUUAUAAAAUGUUUUGCAACAUGUUUCAACAAUCAAACUUGCGGUAGGCUGUGUUCGCAUAAACUAUGCGUUAUGAAUACAUGUUUUAUAGACAAUAUAAACUCAAUAAUAGAAUGAGGUAAAUGAUAAAAUCUUAUGACAUGAUGCAACGUAUUGACUGAAAUUUCAAACAUGUUUUAAAACAAGGUGUUUGACAAGGCCAACGUAUUUUAAACAUUGUGGGAGACAAAAGGUUUUUGCAUGUUUGUUAACGCAUGAAAGAAUUACCAGUUUGUGUAAAAUGAUGGGUAUGAGCUUACUUAUGACGGCAAAUAUUAUUACAAUUUUAUACUUAGAUAUUACAAAUCGCCCAAAUCCUAAAUUAUAUUAAAAUAUGUAGUGAUUACCGAUUUUAAAAUAAUACAUAUGGGCGAAGGAUAUUGCUCCUUUUUACUAAGCAGAGUAAAUUUGAAUUUGACUCCACUUAUAAAUGCAUGGAAUAUUCAACCUUAAAGUGUUACUGAUAAAGACUAUGUCCUUAAUUGUCUUAAUGUUAAUUUAUAUUUUAUGUUACAUAAUACGUUUUCGAACGUAGUGUUUUUUACCUACCGUUUACGUAUAACCAAAAUGUGAGUCGUUUUCUUUGCACUUGAGUGUAUUAAAAACAAUAAUGUUUAAUUGUCCCAUAAAAACUGGUUAGUUAGUUUAACAUGACGAUCGUACUGGUGUCCACGAAUAUUAUACAAUUAGUCAGUGAAUUUAGUUCCUUUAGACUGCCAUAGAAUAUGGUGCAAAUAAGUUUAAGGCAAAAUCUAAAAUACAAUCGUUCGAAAGAGGUAACGAGAGAGGGUAACGCGGAUUCAUUUGAUUCGUGUCGUGAGACCUUUUCUGAGUACUAUGUUACUACGUUUAUGGAAUUUAGAAUAGGCUUCAAAGAUCUGUGAUCGAUUGAAAUAAUUAUAAAUGCUAUAUUGUUUUAAACUUUCAUGGUCACUAACAUUGUAGUAAUAUAAGUUAUUUACGGGAUUGUCCUUGUUUUUAGCGAGUUUCCGAUAUUUCGGCAGUGUUGCAAGACGGAGUAAUAGACCAAGAGCUACUGAACCCUCCGAGUAACGGCCUGUCUUUAAAGCUAGAAAUUCUUAUGGUGAUGAGUCAUAGCAUGCUAAGUACGGUAAGCAUAGCCUGGCACUCCUCAGCCCUGUACGUCAUCAAACCGUGUAUUUUUGAAAGUGUUAAUAAAAUAUUAAAAUAAACUUGUUGCUGUAAGCUUGAAAUUUUUAUGCAAUUAAGUUCAUUCAUUAUAAAGAUUAAAAAAAAUUGCCAGGCGUUUACGAUGAGCACAAGUACCUGCCAGGCGAACCGGAAGGUGUGUAAUAUAUACAUAAAAAAAUGGGUGCGUG